GCAGUUUGCUGUCCUAAUGUGCGGCUCGUUAGCAAUAUUUGUCGACGUACUGGCAGUACCAACGUCGCGUGUUUGCUAAGUAGCGAUGCUAAAGUCCGAGUUCAGCGGAGCGGACGUGAAAAGCGAGACGUCUGUAAAAAGCGUGAUGAUCUACAGACUUUGGACCUCCUGCAGGCCCCUCUAUUGGCCCUCCUGUCCUAAGCAGAGUUGCACCUCCGCUACCUCCACGUCCCAUGCAGCAGUCCUACCGUCCGGCUUAUAGCUCCUUCACCUCCUCUUAUAGCCCCUAUGGGGGCUCCGUCUACGGGGGCUACAGCCCGUACAGCCCUUACAGCGGCGGCUACGGCCUCGGAGGUUACGGUCGCUUCCCGCGAGCCGAGGAUGCCGCCCCCAGUCGCUUCGUACAACAGGCGGAGGAAAGCAGCCGUGGCGCUUUCCAGUCCAUCGAAAGCAUCGUCCAAGCCUUCUCCUCAGUUAGCAUGAUGCUGGACGCCACUUUCUCAGCUGUCUAUAACAGCUUUCGUGCUGUGCUGGAUGUGGCGAACCAUCUGACGCGGUUACGUGCGCACCUCACCAGGGUUUUGUCUGCAUUUGCGUUGGUGCGCACCUUGCGAUACCUCUACCGACGUUUACAGAGACUGCUGGGUCGGGGGUCCGCCGCUGAAGUUGAGGAUUUGUGGGAAGACAGUGCAAGCGAUGCCCUGGCAACAAGUUCAUCCAGAGGCUCUGGAGCAGGAAUGGACGAUCAGACUGUAAAGUCAUGGCCAAUCUUUCUGUUUUUUGCCGUCGUCCUGGGUGGACCCUACCUAAUUUGGAAACUGCUCAGCUCUGCCACUGGCUCUGAAGACAGAGCAACUAACUGGGCCAGUGGAGAGGAUGACCAUGUUGUGGCGAGAGCAGAGUACGAGUUUUCAGCUUCAUCCGAGGAGGAGAUUGCUUUCAGAGCUGGCGACAUGCUCAACCUCGCACCGAAAGAGCAACAGCCCCGUGUGCGCGGCUGGCUGCUGGCUAGCCUAGACGGUCGGACCACAGGACUCGUCCCAGCCAAUUACGUCAAGGUCCUCGGCAAGAGGAGAGGCCGUAAACAGGCAGAGAUGGAAAGGCUCGCUCAGGACCAGCAAGGGAACUCUCAGGACUCCCGGACUACCCUCGCCACAAAUGUGAAUCCUUCGUCUGAGGAGUUGUUAGAGUCUGCGUACAAAGAAACGCCAACUUCCACCAGUGUGGGACUUUCAAAUUCCAGCUCCAGCACAGUGGUUAACGUCCCGGAGAAAACCGACCUGUGAAGCUUCUGCAAGUUUGAAUAUAUCUGUAUGCAAGUCUGUUUUUUUUCCGGGUUUUUUAAUGGCACACGUUCAACUGUAACGGUUGACUGAUUAACAGUGAACACUUUUUCUUGUUUCUUCAUAAUUGGUAAGCAUCACUUUGCAAUUUCCCAACUUAUCCUAAAAUAAUUUAGAUAAAAUGUGUGUAAUCCUGCUGUUUAUCAUGCAAAAUCACAAGUGUGAGUGUUCAUAAUGAGAAGCAACUAAUUUUGACCGCUUCCUUGAACACAAAAUACUAGUGUAAAUAACUAAUGAAAUAAUUUUGGCAAAUAAAUGCUUUGAAAAAUC